AUGGACAAAAAACUGACUUGCUGUAAAUGCGACAAAAAAGCUUCUUAUCGUGAAAAAUCUGGUGAAUUACUUUGUCAAGAAUGUCAUUGUGGAGGUAAAAAAGUAUCAUAUCAAACUUAUACCGGAAAUGAUUCGAUAACUUCAACAACUUAUAUAAAAUGUCCCCACUGUGGAAUGGAAUGUAAAGAAAUUAAUGAUUUAGAAAAAGAAGACAAAAAAGAUAGAGAGCAAACUGAUAAGUAUAGUAAAUACCUAAAAGAAUUAGAGCAAAUAGACACUAAUGAUAUAACGUUUAAGGAAUACAAAAAAAUUAAAAAACUGCAAGAAAAGGUAAAUAUUUUGCUUAAAGAGAAAAUUGAAAGCGAACUUCUUAAAACAUCUAUUGAAAUAUUUUUAAAGAAACCAUUAGAAGAACUAGAAAAUAAUGUUCCUUGCCAAGUAGUGAUUAAAGCAAAAUGGAUAGAUGAAAAUAGGGGUCAGGUAGUAAAUGAGUUUUUGGUUUUUCAAGAGAUGAGUGGUUAUAUUGAGGACUACUGCUGUGAAUUUGCUAAGGAAGAAGCACAAUUACUUACUGAAAUCAUGCAACUAGAACAAAAUGCUACUAACCCGCAAAACCAAGCCGAAUUAGCGGCUAAAAAACAGCAAUUAACUGAACUAGAGAAUAAACAAAAAGAACUAACGCAAUCUUUACCAAUAACUACUCAGAUUGCUAUUUUAGAAAGGGAAAUUAAAGAACUGACUAAUAAACCUACUAGAACAGCAACGGAAGAAGCACUUUUAACUAGUAAAAAGCAAGAAUUAGCGGAAUUAUUAGCCAAACAAAGUAAUUCUAAUACUAAUAAUGCUAAACCAAGUGAUAAAACUGCUCUUUAUAUUGAAUUGCCAGAUGGUGGCUAUGCUGCUUGGAUGAGAGAUAUUUCAAAGAUAACUCCUGAUGAAUAUGCAGAGUAUUUAGGUGAAGAUAAUGACGAUAGUUUAUUGAGAGAGCAAUGGCAGACAUUUUUAGAAAUACAUAAAAAUUCAAGUAGCGAAGGUAGAAUAACAUCAAAAAUGGGUGAAUUGUCGCUAGAAGGCGACGGAGACUCGGAGAGCAGGGAACUUGAUGCUCAAUCCGUUCAAAUGAAUUUUAAUAAUCUUUAUCAGGAAACAUUGGAUGAACCAAAUACAAACAAAAAUCCUGAAGUCGGCAUUGAAAUGCUAAGACCAAUGAUAAUUCAUGAUUUUCUUCUCGGAACUAUUUUAAUGAAAGACUCCAUUAAAGAUGAACACGAAAGAGGCGAAAAGGCCAAACGAGCAGAAGAAUUAGCAGAAAAUAUGAUAGAUACACUCAACUCGCGUUACAGAGAAAAUUACAUGAGUACUGACGAAUAUUUCUUUGAACAACCUAGAUCAUUAAACGAAAGAGAUAGUUUUUUACUGAAAAAACAACAAGAAUAUCAAAAAGAAAAAAGAAUUGCCUUGGUAAAACAGGAUAAUUUUCGAAAGAUAAGUCAUACUACUGAGUUGGAAAAUAGAGUUAAUUCAGUUGUCGAAUCGAUAGAUCAUAAAAUAAUCCAAAAAACGACGGAAGUAUUAAAUUUAUUGCGAGAAAUUAGAAAAGGUGAUUUUAACAAAAAUUACCAACUGGAAAUAACUAAUAGCGAAUUGCAGGAUUUGUAUAGGGACAAAAUGAUCUUAUUAGGAAAAAUGCGAGAUAAAAAAGUAAAAAAUGAUUACUCAACCAACUCUGAUUCAAAAAAUAAGGAACUUGAAUGCAACACAGAAGGUUGUGGUCACAAAAAAAAUAUAAGAAAAGAUAUCAUCGGUCAACCUAGAGAUUUCCCCCAUCGAAUGAUAAGAAAAAAAGAUGGAUUAGUUGUAUACACGCAAGCUUUAUGUGACAAAUGUUUAGCGAGUGCAAAAGAUUAUGCCAUAAUUUCUUACGUUUGGGGUAAAACGCAAAAUUAUGCCCCUAAAUAUCUUAAAGGAAUUGACUGA